AUGAAGAUGUCUCCGCCAGAACGGAGGAAAUACAUGCGUGAUCUUGCUGUCGAAAUCGGCAUAAGAGUGCUGCUGUUUGGAGUUUUUGUGUUCACAGAGUUCCUGGAGCCCUUUGAGAGAAUCAUCCAGCCUGAAGAACUGUGGCUAUAUAAGAAUCCUCUGGUGGAAUCAGACCACAUCCCCAAAAGAGUCAUGUUCGCAAUUUCAUUCCUUACCCCACUGGCUGUGAUAUUUGUGGUGAAGAUUAUACAGAGAACAGACAAGACAGAAAUUAAAGAGGCUUGUUUAGCGGUAUCUCUUGCACUAGCUUUGAACGGUGUCUUCACAAAUACCAUCAAGUUGAUAGUUGGAAGGCCGAGGCCAGACUAUUUUCACCGCUGUUUCCCUGAUGGUCAGUUGAACAUUAAGAUGUUGUGCACUGGAGAGCCAGACCUAGUGUCUGAGGGUCGGAAGAGUUUUACCAGCAGUCACUCCUCCUUUGCUUUCUCCGGUCUGGGCUUUACCUCAUUCUACUUAGUAGGCAAGCUGCAGUGCUUCACAGACACUGGACGUGGGCGCAGUUGGCGUCUGUGUGCCAUGGUUCUGCCUCUGUAUAGUGCAAUGAUGAUCGCCCUGUCCCGCACCUGCGACUACAAGCAUCACUGGCAAGGUCAGAGGUCUCCAGCAGUGUCCUAA